UCAUAUUAUUUUACUAUUUUAGUUAAACAACGAAAAUCUAUUCUUUCCCCUCUAUUUGACUCAAAUGUUGCACGCAAAUUUUCAUGGAGUCCAAAUCUCAUUUGUCAAACCUACCUCAGAUAUUUCCUAUUUUUUCCCCACAUUCAGAAAGUGAUGUUUCGUAACAGGUCUUCCGAUGUUAAUCAAGAAGCGCCACUUUUACUUCGGUUGAAACACUUGGAGGCGACGGAGCUAAAACAAGUCAUAUGGCAUGUCCGUUCGGGCACGACUUCAAAGAACGGUCGUUCAAAGAGUUACAAUGGCAGCGAACAGAGCUUCCUUCUAAACGGCUCCGAUACUGCUAGCGUGAUAUCAUCAUCUGGCUACUCUUCAAUUAAUUCCAUGAAUUUGUACUCUCCUGCCUCAAAUAAUUGUUGUUUUCGAACCUGUCUCACAGUUGUUCUACACGCAGCAGUGGAAUGUACUUGCGAUUCUGACAGAUUUAUUCGCCACCAAGCCGUUCAGACACUUUCUAAAGUGACCCAAGUUAUCGGACUGUUUGAUCAUACUCUUUUGGCCAAUAUUAUCAUGACUCAUAUGAGUUUUGAGCCAACCCUUCUUACCUACGGAUGCCUGGAAAUAUUACUCAGUAUCCUCGUCAGCCUAAAAAGUGGAAAUAUUGGGAAUAUUAGCAUCAACUUAGCGAACACCGAGCAAGCGAUUCAACUGUCUCCAAGUCUUCUUAGUGCCCUUCUUAGCAUUGAACGAUCAAGAAUUUGGCUCCGAACUUGCUCGCAUUAUAUUGAUUCAAGAGAGACUUUCGAUGCUGUGACCUUGAAUGCGAUACAAGUGGUGAUGUGUGCCCUCACUUCGGUUCAUCAGUUGAUACCCCUUAGUAGCCGACUUUCUCAGAGACAGUGGCAAAUGAUAAACUUUUACUUUACUAACAAUGGUAGCAAUCUCUUUUCUUACUUACAGCUGGAAACUUUAGCGGAAAGGGAUGAAGACGCAGAUGACGCACAGAAUGAAAACGAUGAUGAGAGAGAUUAUGAUCAGUGUUUGGAAGAUAAUGCAAAGACUUCCUUUGCUCCUGGUGGUGAUAAUCAGCUGGACAUAGAUAUUGAGUCUCUGAUCUUAGCUGUAGACAGUAUAGAGAGUCUAAUUCAACGCUUGUUAUCCUUGCACAAUUCACGACACAAGGAAUACGACUGCUUUGGUUGGAUUCCAGAAUCACCAACAAGGCGUCGCAGGAGUGCGAAUGGUGUCAUUUAUACCGCUACAAAUGAGGAAACAUCCCUUGAAUUCACUUACCUUAUACUCCGUCGAGUUGAGAUGCCACUACAAGUUUACUUGGGAUGUAACUCAAGACGAGGUCUAUCUCGCGUUCCCAACCACCUUCAGCCCAUGAAUGUCGAGACAGUCGCUGUGGUAUUGAGCAAACUUAUUGACUCCCUCGCUUCCCUGGGUUUCAAAAUGUAUAUGACUCAAUUUAUUUCCAGAAGACGCGAGUCUAUCAGUGGAUUGACAGCACCAGUUUAUAUUGAAGCCUUGAGGGAGAAGUGUAUGAUCAGUAUAAUCAAUUUGAUUGGUUUAAUUACUGAGAGUCUGCCAAAAAGCCCCGUGUUGGGUGUUGACACAAAAAUUGAUUUCGAUGAUUCUAGAAGGCAAACCCAAAGCGCAAUUUAUAGAUUGGAAUCUUACGUGAACUCCUCAGCUCGUGUCAAAGAGACUUGCGACAAUUUUAUCAAUAUUAUCCAUGAUAUCAUCAACUUUGCAAGAAGAAAUCUCUACCCAAAGUCCUUCAUGAAGUGUUCGCAUUGGUGGUGGAUAGGUCACAUGUGUUCGAGCCUUCCAAACCUCUGUCAAACUGCUCCGGGUCAGGUUGACACCUCCCGCCUGGUAGAACUCCUAUGUAACGAGAUCUCCACGUUGCGAAUGAACACUACCUCCUCAAGGGAUACUGUUAUGAAUGGAUUGCGAGACGGUCGAAAUCAAUAUUUAACAUUACCCUCAAUGCCGAGAUCACCACCAGUAUCUUCCUCCUCGGCUUCAUCUACUUCCUCAGAGGAACCUAAACCAGCACAACUCAAUUGGAUGCGGGUAAAGCACGUUUCAAUGGCAAUGGGUAGUCUCCAAAAUGCUUCUAGAAGACCUUACAAACACCAAAAGUUAAGCCUGAAGGUGGAGAGGGUGAAAAAUAGUGGAAGCCACUCGGAUGCAGAAGUUUCGAGUGGAGGGAAGUCAGAUAAUGAAUCACAAGUCGAGUCAACUUCAAGUGGAUGUGAGAGUGAUGAAGCAAAGUCAAUGAAAAGCGAGCCAAGAUCAGGGUCAAAUUCAAACGAUAGAUCACUUCUAAAGAAGCAGGAUUUCCAACCUCUUUCAAUAGAAGAAACUUCGAUUCUUGUCGCCAAGCUUAUAAAAUGUAGCGAUGCAAGAACAAUUGAACCCCUUCAAAACAUAAUUCCCAGGGAUAUUGUCUCCCGAGUACGGAAAAUGAUCCAAGAGGAACAAAAAACUUAA